UAGUUUAGCUUGCUUACGCGCCGCGAAUUCGUGACACGAGCUGCACGAGGGUGACGAACGCGGAGUGAGUGCGUACUGAAAAUAAACAGAGAGUAGUGGUGUGGUGACAAGAGCGCGGGUCGAACGAUGGCUUCGCCGAACAAGAAGGCUAAGGAAAUAGAGGAUCCAGGUUCGGGCGAGGGUGUUGAGUCACGCGAUUACGAUAUUGAAAUACAAAAGACACUCGAAGAGAUUGACGGGUGUCAGAAUCAAAUCGAUGGCCUCAAUGAGAAGGCCAGCGACGAAAUCCUCGAAGUUGAGAAGAAGUAUAAUAAGUUGCGUAAGCCCUAUUUCCAAAAGCGAAAUGACAUUAUCAAGAGGAUACCUAAUUUUUGGGUUACUGCUUUCGUAAACAAUAAGGAAAUAGCAGAAAUAUUAGAAGAAGAUGAAGAAGAUGCUCUUCGAUUUUUAAAUAAAUUGGAAGUUGAAGAAUUUGAGGAUAUUAAGUCUGGUUAUAGAAUUAAUUUUCAUUUUGAUGAAAACCCAUAUUUUGAAAACAAUGUCCUUACAAAGGAAUUCCAUCUAGGUUCUUCUGGAGAUCCAGCAUCUCAAAGUACACCUAUACGUUGGAAAGAUGGUGCAGAUUUAACAAAAAGAGCAAAAACCAAAGCCCCAUUAAAAGGUCGUAAAAGGCCAUUAAAGCACAGGUCAUUUUUUGAUUGGUUUACGGAUCAUGGAGAUCCAAGUUCAGAUGAAAUAGCAGAAUUAAUCAAAGAUGAUAUGUGGCCUAAUCCAUUACAGUAUUAUUUGGCGCCCGAUAUGGAUGUUGAAAAUGGUAUUGAAGGUGAUGGUGAAGAUUGCGAUACAGAAGAAGAGGAAGAGGAAGAAGAUGGUGGAGGAGAUGAAGGUGAUGAAGCAGGUGAAGUUGAAGAAGGAGACGAUAGCAUAGUUGUCGUCGAAGAUGUAGAUGAAGACGAUGAGGAAGAAGAGGCUGUGAAUGAUGAAGAUGAUGGAGUAAAUGAAGAGGAUGAUUUAUUGGUAGAUGAUGAAGUAGAUCGUGAAGAUGGUGAGGGAGAAGAACCAGAAUAGAAAUAAAGUUGGUUUUUCAUAACAUUGGUUACAGUCUAGAUACUAAAAGGGAAUCGCUAAAAAUACACAUCAAGUUGAUUGAAAAUAAAUAAAGUUUGCAGGACUGAAAAUAUUGAGCCAUAUGAAUAAACCUCAGGACAAUUGGGAAAUAAAGUAGAAAACAGAAUUUAAUAGACCUAAUUGUUUUCGACAUUAAAAGAAAUUGUACAUAAAAGUACGAUGCUUUUUCAAUUAUCGAAACAAAGAAAAGAUUAUCUGAGAUAAAUUAGUUAGAUUUGCACUUUGUUCUAAAAUUGUACCGGAAUAUAGUAUAAAUUCCUUAAUUAUAUUCAUAUGGCCUAGUCAUUCUCUAUAUAAUAAGUAUACGAUGAAGAACAUCUGCUCCUCUUCAUCGUGAUACAACUACAUUAAGGAAAGAAUAAAUUAUAAGGUAUAGCGAAAUAGUGGACAGGUGUUCUUUUUUCGUCUUGUUUUGUCACAAAAAUAUAUUCCAUCGCAUUACUUCCAGAACGAGGUGUUUCAAAUAUUGAGAGUGACAGUAUGGUAAUUGUAAAUUCGGAUACAUGUUUAAUGUUUAUUAUAGAGGUUUUUUAAAAUGGUAAAAUGAUACAUUUAUUAAAAAUUGUAAUUUAUUACUAAAACAUACUUAUGAAUUAUCGAUGUCAUAGUUACAAUUUGUUUAAUGCUUUAGAAAUGCAAAACAAGUAAUAAUAAAUUACUAUAUAUUUUCAAUAAUUGAAUUUACUUUAAAUGUCAAUUGAAAACAUAUCGUGAAAUAUAGUAAUGUGUACAAAGCAUUACACAUUAUAAAAUAUAAUUCAUAUUUUUUUUACAAAUUAUUAUAAUUUUAUCAUAUAUACGAUGUAACAUUACAAAUUCAUAUUAUUUGAAACUAUAAAACACUUUUAUGAAGUUCUUUUCAUCAUGUAUCAUGUUAUGAUUUUUAUAUCGAUAAUAAUAGAUUAAUGUUUUAUAUAUAAAAUAUAAAUUUAAUGUUAUAUGUACAUAUUAAGUUUAUCAUUGAUUGAAGUGGACUAAUAUUUUAAACUUAAUUAAAUUUUCAUAUUUUUUACAUAUAGGUAAAAUAUAAGAAGUUCAUUGUUUUAAUGUAUUCUUUUGUAAUUUUUGAAAAUGUACCACACUAAAAUUUGAUGAUAUUGCAUGGUAUGAUAAAAUAUCAUAUUCAGUAUAUGAAUUUAUAUAUAAAUACGACUUAAUUAAAUUUAGUAUAAUGCAAUCAGUAAAUAUAGAAAAAUCCAUUAUUUUAGUAAAUAUUCAUUAUGGCUUUAUUUAGUUGAUCAAGAAUUAAUACUUGUCACACUCAAAAUGAAAAUGAAGGCCACCUCGUUCUUCUUCUUCCAGAUUUUACAUCAUAAAUUUUUCACUUUCGCGAAGAAAAAAAUAUAUCAAACGUUUUUCAUGCAUAAUUUCGACACAUACUUUUAACUCUAACGGCACUUUUAUACAUUAUUGUUAACGCGUCAAAGGUGAAGUUAGAAUUAGGAGUAGUUAUAAUUCUGUUAUAUUUCCUGCGGUGUGCCAACCGAGAGCACAUUGCGAUCAAUUUUAGAUUUUAGUGCAAAUAAACGUUCUAUUGAAAGAUCUGAUUAGCGUUUCCUCUGGAGUCUAGGAAAAAUCAAAUAAUUACAUCAUUCAAAAUAAAUAACAUGCAAUUAUAUCUGAUUUAAUUACUUAAAACUAUGGAAGGAACAUGUUUUUAAGUAAAACCUAUUUAUUAGGAUAAAACAGUUUCGAUUUAAGAAAGCUCUUUCGAUUAACACAAAAUUGUUAUGAUAUUGAAAAUCUCUUAGAAUAAGAUUCCUAUUUUUGUACUGAAUAUUUAAAGAUUAGCAAAGUAAGCAAUUAUUUGAUUCUUCCUAGAAAACGAUAAGGUACGCUUAUCUGCGACGUAUUCUGUCAUAAUUAUCAGCCAAUGUCCUGAAGUAAAAUAUUCAAUGUUAAUGAAAAUAUGCGUUAAUGUGACGUAUUAGUCCUGCGUCGAGUUGACAUAUGGUCGCACAAAGGAUACCUAUGUCCGAGACAAGAGAAUCAGAGUCAGACGAAGCUAUAACAACUGGGUGUAAGAAUCAAUCGACGUACUCGUGUCACGCAAUCAUACAGUAAAUGAACGAAAUAAAGUUGUCAGUUUGAGAUAGGAA